AUGAAGUACUUUACUACUGGAGCUGCGCUCCUUGCUACUUUGACUGCAACCGCCGGCGGUGUCAAGCUUGACCCGGAGGAUGAGGCGUCUAUUCUCAGCGCUACUCGGCAGUAUGCGUACGGUCUGAUGUCGAUGUACCAGGGCAACGCCACAGGUGUAUCCAAGGAAGAUAUAGGCAUCUGGCCCCAGCCCCACUACUGGUGGGAAGGCGGUGCGGCAUGGGGUGGCAUGAUAGAGUACAGCCAGUUUUCGGGAGACGAUUCGCACGUCAAGACCCUCCAGCAGGCUCUGACUGCCAACUAUGGCCCCGACAACGACUUCAUCCUGUCUUACCGCAAGAGCCAAACUGGCAACGAUGACCAGGCUUUCUGGGCGCUUGCCGUUAUGAGUGCGCUCGAGUAUCAGUUCCCUGAUCCUGCUCAGGCGCCCGCGAGCUACCUCGAGGUCGCAACAAAUGCCUUCGAGAACAUUGUUGGCCGCUGGGAUGAGACUUCCUGCGACGGAGGCCUCAAGUGGCAGAUCUACCCCGAGAACGCAUACGGUUACAACUACAAGAACUCCAUCUCCAAUGGAUGCGCUUUCGCGCUCGGUGCACGCCUUGCCCGCUACACUGGUGAGCAAAAGUACGCCGACUGGGCUGUGAAGAUCUACGACUGGACAAAGAAGGUUGGACUCAUUACCGACAAGUACGAGGUGUUCGACGGGACAGACGACAAGACCAACUGCGCCAAGGUCGCAGACGAGACUCAGUGGACUUACAACAACGCCAUGUUUCUUCACGGAUCAGCCUUUAUGUACGACUACACCAAUGGCGACGACACCUGGAAGGAGCGUACUUCAGGCUUCCUGGACCACGCCGAGUUGCUGUUCUUCCGACCUUUCGAGAACGCCACGGACAUCAUGUACGAGUGGGCUUGCGAGACAGGGGAGAAUAACCGCCCUUGCAAUCUCGAUCAACAGUCCUUCAAGGCAUACCUCUCGCGCUUCAUUGCCAAGACUGCAAUGGUAGCUCCCUUUACCAAGGAAAAGAUCGUUCCAUUCCUAAAGGCUUCUGCGGUCGGUGCUGCCAAGUCCUGCUCUGGCGGCCCUGAUGGCGCUACAUGCGGUAGCAAGUGGUACACUGGAAGCUGGGACGGAACCUCUGGUGUCGGCCAACAGCUGUCAGCCUUGGAAGUCACUCAGGCUCUUCUGAUGAUCCAGAAGGGUACUCUUCCUGCGAAGAACAACAGCGCGCCGAAGCCAUUGACUAGCGCUACCCCCGAGUCCAGCUCGACGCCCGCCCCUUCAUCCGCUACUUCUGUCUCCAGCCAGGUACCUGCUACUAGCGAAGUUGCCUCAGCAUCCAGCGUAGUUGUCGAGGCCCCUGCCUCCAGCAAGAUCCCAUCCAGCGAGGCGCCGUCUAGCGAGGUUUCCGAAUCGGUCUCAUCGAAGAUUCCCGAAGCAGUUCAAGCACCUGCUUCAACCGUGGUGGUUUCUUCGGUAGUCGUUGUUACAAGCACAUCGGCCGCGAGCUCUCAGCCAUCUUCCUCAGACAAGCCUGCUGGUCAGUCUAACGCUGCCGCGUCUGCUAGCUGCGUCCGCAACGUGACCAGGACUGUGACCAUCUCGCGCGCUUCUUCAACAAGCAGCUGCACACCUAGCGUGACCGAGACUGUCUACGUUCCGGCAGCAUCUACGACUUCAGGUCUCUUGGUGGACUCUUCUCCUGCUCCUGUCGUACCGCCCGUCUCUACGACAUUGAUCUCGGCGCCACCUGCUAACAGCAGCUUGCCCAGCUCGACAUCUCCAGCGGAGUUCCUCGGCGCUGGCUCUAUGCUCACCAGCAGCAGCUCAGUUCUGGCUGCCGUAGUGGCCGCAAUGGUCUUCGCAAUGGUGUAA